GCUGUGGGCGGGACGCAGGUGCGCGCUCGCGCAGAAUUUCGAUCAGUCGGUACGUACCGCGCGCCCGCCCAACCGCGUCUUCGGGCUUAUGUCGCGCGCUCAUAAUUUACCGCGUUACUAUGCCACUGUUUUCCGAUCAUAUAAGCAACAUGUAUUACAGUGGAUCAUCGCCGUAUACCAGUUUACCGUACAGUUACAGUAGUGCAGUUCCUCCUUACGGUUCUUCGUACAGUGCUUCGUAUCUUAAUCCCGGUGGAAAUUAUAGUUCUCAUUCAUCAUUUGGAGGAUACUCCCGUGCGCCGCUCGGUUCGAGAUGGUUAACGAGCGGUGGUCGUGCAUAUUCACCGAUACUAAGCAGUAUCUCAGAAAAAGGGACUUCGAGUCCGGUGAGAAUAAAUAGCCCUAGACGAAUACCUAUUUCAAGUAGAACUUAUGUGUCUUCUCCGUACUCGUCUCGUCCUAUUAAUAUUAACACCGCAGAUAUUGACGUGUCCCGAGACAAAUAUCGGAACAAAAUAUCAAGUUCAAGUUCGUCAACAACCACAGGCUUGCCACCGAGACGCGAAAGUCCUUUAAUCAAUAAAGAAAAUGGACAUGACAAACCUGACACUGGCAUUGACACGUCACCUGGUCCGAAGCGUUCUACGAUUAAACGCGAUCGUACAGUGGUAAGGCUGCACACUGUAAAGAGAAAAGAAAGAGACUCUCCUCGUAAACCUGUUGAAGAUUUGAAUAAGUUGGUUAAUAAAGAUACACCAAAAACAGAAUUUGUUGAAAACCAAAUAGAAUCAAAGAAAUGGAGAGAAAAGUUAGCCGAUGAUUUGGCUUAUAAAGCACAAAAAGAAAAGAAAACUUUAGGUGCUAAGUUAGUUGAAAAAUUUACUCUGAAAGAAAAAAAUGACGAUGAGUACGAUUAUUCUUCAAAAAAGUCUCCAGUAAACCACAUAGAUAAAGAAAAGUCUCCUGUGAAGCAAAAUAGUGAUGAUACAAUGAAUUUAAUAAAUAAUAAAUCAUUUGAUAGGCGUUGCUCUAUGGAACUUCUAGCUGAACAAGCAUCUUUAUUGGACUCAUUGAUCAGGAGAGAGAAUUUAAGUACUGCUCCUUUAGACAUUAGUAAAGUAGGAUCUAAAGACAUAGUCAAUACUGACAUUAAAUUGGACACUGAACACACUGGUAUAACACAACUAGACCAUCAACAAAACCGCUUGAGCACUACAAAGUCAGAUCACUCAUUGCACGACCGCCUUUCUUCAAAAGACAUUAAGGAACCUCUAUGUUCAAAAAGAAGAAGUUUGCGAAAAUGUUCCUCUGGUAGUAAUAUCCGAAAGCUAGAUUGUAUCAAAGAGAUUCCUAAAAAAACUACAACUUUCAACGUACCCCCUUUUAAAGUCAACUCAGCUGACAAAGAUAAAAAAUCGAAACCAAAAAUUAAAACUAAAAUAACAUCAACAGUAGAAGUUACACCAGCAACUACUCCAUUAAAAUUUAUCGUUGAAAAUGUAACUGUUGAAGAAAAGAUCCGUCCAGGUAAAAAGGAUAUUAUUUUUAGUAGUAUACUAGAGGAAACUCAGACUUUGAGUGACAGAUCAACGGAAAAUGAUAUUCCUAAAACAACUACAGAAAUAAAAAACCAAUUAAAACCACAGGUAGAAAUCGAGGUAGACACAAGUUGUACAGAAGUUAGCACUGAAACAGAGAAAAUAUCAACUUUAAUAGGCCAUAGAAAAAGUAUAAAAUCAAAAAUUAAAGAUAUAUCUAAACAACAAUCUGAAACUUGUGUAAAUAUAUCAUCCCCAGAGCCUGAUGAUGGAAACUUUUGGGAAAAACUUGGAAAAAGGGAAACGGUUUAUUUAAUGAAAAGAAAACAAAACUUGGAAGAAGCUAGAGAGAAGAGUAAACGUUCAUUGUUUUGGUUUCCAGAAGAAGAAGCUUUAAAUAUUGAUGAGGAUAGUGAAAAAAAUAUUGCCGCUAAAUCAUCUGAAGAAACGACUGAAAAAAAUAGUGUGGAUGCAAUAAACGAAACAACUAAAAAAAUUGAACCCUUAAGAGAUGAACAUAAAAAUAAGAGUGUAUUACAACAAAAAGCAAAUGCAAACAACGCUGUUGAUAAUAUUUCAUUAUUAAACGCACAAGAACAAGACAAAAAGUCUAUUAUAAAAAUUAGGGAAAAUACUUCAGAUGGUAAAAAUGUGACAAAUGUGCAGGAAACGCCUAGUAUAAUAGAAUUAGAUAAGGAUAGUAAAAAAGAAAAGGAAAUUUAUGAUACUCUAAAGGUUGUUAAUCAGGAUCAGGAAAUAAAACUGAGAGAAUUUAACACCAAAUCUAAAAAUUCACUAAAUAAUAGUGAAAGAUUAGCUGAAGAUUCAAAGAAUAUUAACAAAACUAAAGACAACAACAAAGAUAAUAUUGGUGAAAAUGAAAAGGAAAUUCAUAAUAAACUAAAAGAUGUACAUCAAGAUCAAGAAAUAAAACUAGUAGAAUCUAAUGCCAAAUCGAAAAUAACAUUAGAUAAAAAUGAUGAAUUAGCAGAAGAUACAAUAAGUAUUAAUACAUCAAAAGACAUCAAGAAAGACAAUAUCGGUGAAAAAGAAAAGAAAAAUUGUAAUGAAUCAAAAGAUGAACAGGAAACGAAACUGAUGGAAUCUAAUUCUAAAUCUAAAAUUAUAUCAAGUAAAAAUGAUAAAUUAGCAAAAGAUUCAACAAGUACCAACAAAUCAAAAGACAAAAAGAAAGACAAUAUCGGUGAAAAAGAAAAUAAAGACAAUAUAAGUGAAAAAGAAAAGAAAAAUCAGGACCCGAAAAUAAAACUGACAGAAUCUAACACCAAAUCUAAAUUAAUGUUAAAUAAAAAUGAUAAAUUGACAGAAGAUCCAAAUUAUACAAAUAAAUCAAAAGACAACAAGAAAGACAAUGUCGGUGAACGGGAUUUCUAUGAGAAAAAUCUAUUCAAAAGUAACUUAAAUGACUUACAAAAUUCAAAUUAUGAAAAGGAAUUAAAUGUUACAUCGAGUAAUAUUAAUCUUAAUCUCAUUGAAGAUAAAACAAACAAAUGUAAAAGGAUAUCACCUGAUACAAUAAAUAACACAAAAGAGGAGGCAAUAAAUACAUUAACAGUUUCAAUUAAAAACAAGAAUAACAACACAAUGCUUAUUGGUGCAGUCGAUACACUCGAAAAUUCAAACAUUCCUGAUACUAUAGUUUUUGAGAAAUCGCCAAAGGGAACAAAUAAAGAUAACAAAACCUCGGAAUUUCACGAGAUUAAACCAGAGAAACAAGAUAGAAUACAAAAAAAUUCUAAUUCUCAAAAUGAAGAAAUACCAAGUAAUAAUAAUGAUAAAUCAGAAACGACAACAUCAACUACAACAACCAAUGAAAAUAUUGGACUAAGCAACGUUAAUGACAGUGAUAAAAAAUUAAGUAUUAAGGAACCAAACGAUAAACAUGAAAGUGAUACAGAGACUGAAAAAACAAAGACCAGUAUAGAAAUCGUAAAUGAGACAGUUUCUUCGACAGAUGCUAUCAAAGUGUUUACUCCUGUGAAACCAGUUAAAGAAGAAAAGGCACUGAAAACUCUUAUUGCUACUCCACGCCCUCUUCAAAAACGAAAUCCUCAAUCAAUUCGUUCUUCUUCUUCAUCAUCUGAAUCAUCUGACGACGAUUCAUCAGAUGAAGAUGCAAAAGAUGAAGAUAAGGGUGAAGAUGAAUUUAGUCAGGGCGAAGGUGAAAACAACACAGAUGGAAGAAUAUCAACUGGAUCUAAUGAUUCAGGCUUCGAUUCGUCGGCUCCCACAUCGCCAUCAGGCUUUCUGCAAACUAAAAAAGACUGCGAUGUUAACUGUCAUCGAAAGUGUGAAAAGUUAACGGCAAACUUGUGUGGAGUGAACCAGCGCCUUCUAGUCGAAGCUUUAGCGUCUCGAACAACAUCUAAGAGAGGUGGAGACAGCCCCAGCACCUCUGCCGGCAUCACUCCUCCCCAAACAUUUACCCACGACAUCUUAGAACAAGAGUUGGAACAUUCGACUGCAUAUGACCUAUUCCGAAAAACUGGUCGGUUCACACCUCCCGCUAGGAGCAUACCGCGAUUCAGGAAAUACACUAUCGAAGAUUUUCAGUUUAUAAGAGUUUUGGGCAAAGGAAGCUUUGGCAAGGUAAUGUUAGCAGAGCUCAGAGAUACGGAGUACUACUACGCCGUGAAAUGUCUGAAGAAGGACGUCGUGUUGGAAGACGACGACGUGGAGUGUACGCUCAUAGAGAGGAAGGUCCUCGCGUUGGGCACCAACCAUCCGUAUCUCUGCCAUUUGUUCGCUACUUUCCAGACUGAUUCUCACCUGUUCUUCGUGAUGGAGUACUUGAACGGCGGUGACCUGAUGUUCCACAUCCAGCAGAGUGGACGGUUUCCGGAGGUGAAGGCGAGGUUUUAUGCCGCGGAAAUUGUGUCGGGACUUAAAUUCCUCCACAAGAGAGGAAUCGUGUACAGGGAUUUGAAACUGGACAACAUUCUACUGGACUUCGACGGGCACGUCCGGAUCGCAGACUUUGGCAUGUGCAAACUGCAGAUCUACCUGGACAAGACAGCUGAUACAUUCUGCGGCACUCCGGACUAUAUGGCGCCGGAGAUAAUCAGAGGCCUAAAAUACAAUCAAACAGUGGACUGGUGGUCGUUCGGUGUACUCUUGUACGAAAUGCUGAUCGGCCAGAGUCCAUUCAGCGGCUGCGACGAGGACGAGCUGUUUUGGUCCAUAUGCAAUGAGAUGCCGGCGUACCCGCGCUUCCUGUCGUCAGAGUCUUUGAGCAUAUUGACUAGGCUAUUGGACAAAGACGCCAGAACUCGACUAGGCGGGCCCGAAUGUAUGCACGGUGACAUCAGGGACCAGAAAUUCUUCGAGCAAAUCCACUGGGACCGGUUGGAGAGACGAGAGCUCGAGGCGCCAUUCAAACCUCGUGUGAGGCAUCCCAUGGACACCCAAUACUUCGACCGAGCGUUUACCGGCGAGCGCCCGCGUCUCACGGCAGUAGAACCACAAGUUCUUCGCUCUAUGGACCAAGAACCGUUCCGAGGGUUCUCCUAUACAAAUCCGAAUGCUACUGAUCGCUAAGACAGACCUUGGUCUUGUAUAUUGGAUUGAAUUUGUACAUGCUAUGCUCACUGCUGUAUUACAAAAGUGACCGUUUAGAGCACUUCAAGUUGAUGGAGUACUAGCUGUUAUAUUUGAAUUCCUGUUUGCACUACCGCCAUAUUCAUUGGGACGUCAUUUUGUAUUGAUCGAGUAUCAAUCGAGACGGUACAGUUGUUGUAACAACAGAUUUUCUCCGGACUUUUUGAGUGUCUCAAUCUAUUGCCAAAAAGAAUCCUGCUACAUACGAGUAAACUUAUAUUAUUGUACAUAUCAAUUAUACAUUGUAUAUUGUGUCUGGUACACAUUUAUGAUUUUGUCUAAAUAUUGGAAAUGUUAUUUAAUAUUAAUAUAAGUAUCUAUAACUAGAUAUGAUAGAAAAUAUGAUGUAUUUUUUGUAGUAAAUAAAACAUAAACGAAAGUUUC